AUGGUUGGACUCCGAAUCAUAAGCGGCCUCCUGGCUGCCAUUGGCCUCGUCCAGGCCAGCAACAUCGUCCCAGGCGCCUUCAUUGUUGAAUAUGAAGAUGGGGUUAACAUUGACGCGGAGUUGUCGUCGGUCCAGGAUGUGGCCUCGACCCGCAUGAAGCUCGACUACAAGCUGUUCAAGGGAGCGUCUAUUCGCUUCCACGACACCGACACGGCUGAUGACCAGGCCAAUCUUAUGGGCACCAAGCCUGCCGUCAAGAAGAUGUGGCCCGUCAGGCUGUACAAUGUGCCAAAGCACACAGUCCACUGGGUGGCAGGGGACGAUGCUGGCAGGGAGGACGCGUCGGAAACGCGUCAGGCCCCUGAGGACACGUUCUCGCCUCACGUCAUGACCCAGGUGAACAAGCUGAGGGACGAGGGCGUUGUGGGCGAGGGAAUCAAAGUGGCCAUUGUCGAUACUGGUCUCGAUUACCGUCAUCCGGCCCUCGGAGGUUGCUUCGGCCCUGGAUGCUUGGUUUCCUUCGGCUACGAUCUUGUUGGAGAUGCAUUCAACGGAUCGAACACUCCCGUUCCAGACCCAGAUCCCUUCGACUGUGGCGGUCACGGCACCCACGUCGCUGGUAUUGUCGCUGCUCAGACGAACAACCCAUACGGCAUCAUUGGUGCUGCCACAGGAGUGACGCUGGGCUCUUAUCGUGUGUUUGGUUGUGAUGGAUCUUCCCCUGAUGAUGUUCUCAUUGCUGCGUUCAACAUGGCCUACGAAGCAGGCGCUGAUCUCAUCACUGCCUCCAUAGGAGGAGCAUCAGGGUGGGGCGAGGAACCUUGGUCCGUCGCGGUGUCGCGAAUUGUCGAAAACGGAGUACCAUGUACCGUCUCUGCCGGUAACGAUGGCGCCGAAGGCCUGUUCUACGCUAGUACCGCAGCAAACGGGAAGGGAGUCACUGCCAUUGCAUCUAUUGACAACACGAUUACACCAGCACUGCUCACCGUUGCCAGCUACACUGUCGACGGUGGUUCUGAGGAGUCUUUCGGUUACACGCCAGGGCAGCCCUCAGCCUGGGCUGGUGUCACUUUGCCCCUGUGGUCUGUCAAUUACGACACCGCAGACCCUGCGAACGCCUGUACUGCUCUGCCAGACGAUACUCCCGACUUGUCUGGGUACAUCGUCUUAGUACGUAGGGGCUCAUGCACCUUCGUUCAAAAGCUACAGAACGUGGUGGCAAAGGGCGCACGAUACGUAAUCGUCUACAACAAUGUUCCGGCUGGCGCCACUGCUGUUAGCGGCACUACUGUCUCUGGACUCGAGGCUGUUGCUAUGGUCACAGCGGAUCAGGGAGCGAAGUGGAUUGCUGCGCUUUCAGCCGGGCAGAACGUGACGGUCGCGAUGACUGACCCAACAACCGCCGACAAGUCUUUGACUUUGACACCUAAUAACCUGACCGGUGGCUUCCUAAGCACCUACACAUCUUGGGGCCCAACAUGGGAGGUUGACUUCAAGCCCCAGCUUGCAUCUCCUGGUGGCCUCAUCCUGUCCACGUAUCCUACGGCUUUGGGCUCUUACGCCGUGCUCUCGGGAACGUCCAUGGCUUGCCCCCUUGUUGCUGGUAUCUACGCUCUCUUGAUGGAAGUCAGGGGAACCAAGGACCCCAAGACCUUGGAGAACGCCCUUUCCGCGACAUCGAACCCAAAUCUCUUCAACGAUGGCGCCACAACUUACCCCGUUCUAGCACCGGCUGCGCAACAAGGCUCGGGCUUGGUUCAGGCUUACGAUGCAGCAUACACGACAUCUCUUCUUAGCGUCAGCAGUCUCUCGUUUAACGACACAGACAACAUCCUUCCAGUGCAGAACUUCACCGUGUCGAACACCGGAAAGACAUCUGUCAUUUAUACGCUGAGCCACGUGGGUGCGGCUACCGGCUAUACUCUCUCGGGCAAUGGCAGCAUUUUCCCUGCGCCAUUCCCCAACGAGCUCCUCGAUGACUAUGCUACCUUGGAAUUCCUCAGCGGUACAACUUUUACAUUACCGGCUGGUCAACGCAAGAUCGUGUCAGUGAAGGCCACGCCGCCCGCUGGACUCGAUGCUGAGAGACUGCCCGUUUACUCGGGCUACAUUGCAAUCAACGGUUCCGACUCGUCCAGCUUGUCUCUCCCAUAUUUGGGUGUGGCUGGGUCUCUGCACUCCGCCACGGUCUUGGACAGCGACCAGACAUAUCUGAGCAGCUCUCUCAACUUAAACGAUGCCCCCGUAUCUUCGAACCACACAUUCUUGCUCCCCCCACCCGGCCACUCCAAUGACACGCAAUACAACGUAAAUAGCACAGACUACCCACGGUUGUUCAUCAACCUCGCCCUUGGCUCGGCACUGAUUCGCGUCGAUGUCGUCCCGGUGUCGUCGGACGCCAACGCCACCGAGUCGCUCGGCCUUGCCACUAUCGGCGAUCUGUACAUGACGCCGCUGGAGUAUCAGCCUCGCGGACCGCAAUCGACAACCUGGGACGGACGGCUCGCUACCGGGGAGUACGUGCCUGCUGGCGUGUAUAAGCUGGCAGUUAGAGCGAUGAAGAUCUUUGGUGACCGGAACUCGGCUGAUGACUAUGAGCUGGUCGAAACGAUUGAGUUCGGAAUACAGUACAUUGGGGCCUCCUCGUACAAGAGGACUAACAGGGUGCGAAAGGAGUGGACCGGCUAA